AUGAAGACAGAAAAGAUACAAAUGAUACAACGACUCAAAAUGGAAAAAGUGCCGCUGGAAACACAAAACCCGCUCCGGCAAAAUGCUCCCACUUCCUUCCACGCCGACACAUACAAAGAAGUCGCAGCGUCAUACCCACCCCGAUCAACCAUCGAACACGGCCUGAAUGGGCACUCCACCCUGGAAGUUAAUGACCGGGAUUGCACACUUGGGUUCAGUGACCGAGACUGCAACCUGGAACUCAAUCAAUAUGCCGGCGGCAGACACACAGAAAAGCAGGUUGCAGUCGGAGCUGGAGCUGAGGCUACAGGCGCAGACCAGGCAGACGCCAAGGUACUACAAUCUGCAGCAAACGGGACACAAGAUCUGGAGUUGCAGUCUGAGACAGGGACGGUCAGGCGUCAUAAGUCUCAUCGGUGGGAGUGGAUUAUCCUUGGUUCGAUUUUUGGGGUUGUUGUUCUUCUUGUUGUUAUUAUUGUUCCUUCUGUGAUAUUUGGGAUUCGUAAUUCUAGGCCAGAGUAUAAGCCCCCGACGGGUCUGUAUAUUUCAUGA